AACCCUAAAUUUUCUGCUCCGAUUCCUUCUAGCGCCGUUUCUGCCCCGAUUCCUUCUAGCGCCGCUCCCAUCCCUCUCUCUGCUCCCCCACGAUCCACUCCUCUCCAUCCCCAAUUCAACGAUUUCCUCCUCGUCGAGCCUGGAUCUGGCCGUACCCUAUGGAGCGACACAAUUAAUUCAGGAUGGGACAGGCCAAGGAGAACGACGUGUACAAGCAGGAGCUGCUCGACGACGACAAGGCUGUCGACGCCGCCGGGCAAGCAGCCGCCAGGAAGGGCAACGUCGGCAGCCACAGAUCCGGCUUCACAUAUUUCUUGCUCAAGCCCGAGCUGCUCCGGGCCAUCCAGGACUGCGGCCUUGAGACCAGGCCUAACGCUUGGAGCAACGGCCCCCCGAAGUUCCUUUUUGACGGACGGCCUACGCGCACAGGGCUGGUCGACUACGAGAAGGACAACAAGGCCGCCGCCAAGCCAGCCGCCGGGCAUGCAGCCCCAAGAAGGGCUACAUUGGAAUCCACGGCUCCGGCUUCAGGGACAUUGUGCUCAAGGCCAGCCAGGACUGCGCCUUCGAGCACCCAAAGGACUGAUAAGGUCGUUAAUGCCGCCGCCAAGCUCGCCACUGGGCAUGCAACCCCCAACGAGGGCUACGACGGAAUCCACAACUUAGGCUUCAGGGACUUUUUGCUCAAGCCUGAGCUACUCCGGGCCAUUCAAGACUGCAGCUUCGAGCACCCAUCAGAAGAAGUUAGUUUGAAUGAUUAGCACGUACAACGCUCAGCCAUUAAUUGCCAGCCCUUAGAUUUCAGGUUUCAAUUCACAUGAGCUAGGCCGCUAGGAAUAAUUUGAAAAUGGUAACCCUUAAUCCCACUGCCUACUAUGCUCCAACUAGAGCUACCUUGUGUUCUAUCAGGAAAAAUUAUCAUAAGCAUUGUGUUUGGUGGUUAAUUUGUUGCAAAAUUGAUUAAAAACUAGAAGAAACAACAUGCGUUGCCACGUUAUUUUCUUGUCAUUGUGCAUAGAGUUUCUUUUUCUCAUUAUAUUUGUUUUUAGGAAUUCAUUAUAUUUGUUAAAAGUUUCAUCUUCCACUUAAUAUUCUAACGAAUGAAAAAUUGGCGGUGAGAAACUAUGUACCUGCUGGAGAAUUAGCCCUGUAUGUAUGUGGUGGCACCAAGCGAUUUCGGCCCAUUAAAGAAGAUGCAAAGAUGGUCUCAAGAGAAGGGUCUCCUGGAGGGGCAUUGCAUGUUCACUAGUAUAGUUGAAACUACGCGUG